AUGCCGAACGUCGCUCUCAUCACGGGUGGUAACGGCAUUUCUGGCGGAGCGAUCCUGGAGUAUCUUGUCAAUAACACGACUGGACAAGAAUGGAGCAAAAUCAUUGUGACCUCAAGGUCACCAUUCAAGACCACUGUCCAGGAUCCACGCAUCACCUUUAUUGCGCUGGAUCUUAGCAAGAAAUCCGAUACUCUCGUCCAAGAGAUGGGUUCUACAUGCGCCGAGGUUACACAUGCCUAUUUCUCCUCGUACGUCCAUAAGGACGAUUUCAAGGACCUGAAUAUUGCCAACGAGCAACUUUUCCAAAACUUUCUCGACGCUCUCAUUACCGUUGCACCCAGGUUGCAAAACUGCACGCUCCAGACCGGCGGCAAACAUUAUAAUGUUCACCUUGGUCCGGUUCCUUCUCCUGCCCGAGAGGAAGAAAAACGAAGGGAAAGUCCCAUUGGAAACUUCUAUUUCCAACAAGAAGAUUACUUAAUCCAGCGGCAACAGGGCCAGAGCUGGUCCUGGAACGUGAUCCGCCCCGAGGCCAUCAUUGGGCAUACUUCAAAGCCGAACGGCAUGAAUUCUGCGUUGACAUUUGCCUUGUAUCUGCUAGUUUGCAAAGAGCUCGGCGAAGAGGCAAAGAUGCCAACAAACCAAGUGUACUGGGAAGGCUACGACGACCUCUCUGAUUCAAGGUUGAUUGCAGACCUGACCAUUUGGGCAUCAACGACGCACAAGUCCCGCAACCAAGCGUUUAAUGUCGCCAACGGCGAUUACUUCUCGUGGAGGUACCUCUGGCCGCGCAUCGCCCAGCAUUUGGGUGCUUCAGCAACAAGCGACCAAAAGUUCAUGAAGCCGCGACCUUUGGAGGGUUCUACGCAGCUCGAGUUCAGCUUAGCAGAGUGGUCUGUCGGCAAGCGCGAGGCCUGGGACAGGAUCUGUGACAAGAAUGGGUGCCCUGAGGCAAAGGCGACUUGGGAGUCAGGUACAUGGGCUUUCCAAGACUGGGUGUUUCAGCGCACAUGGUCGGCGACUCUGAGCAUUAAUAAAGCGCGAAAGUUGGGCUGGACAGGUCAUAUCGACUCGUUCCAGUCUCUGACGGACGCAUUUGACAAGUUCGUGGAGCUUAGGCAGAUUCCGCCUUAUAAGUAG